GCUAACGGUCCUCUGUCGGCCAAUGAUCUGUGUGCAUUGCGUGAGUAAGCUGCCAGGGGCAGGUUCUCCUGUAGAGAGCGGGGUAUUCCCUUGACAAAACUAGCCCGGGAGCGGUGAAAUGGAUUAUUUUGGAGAGGAGCAUGCGAUGGCAUCACACGGAAGGUCCAGCAGAGAGUUUACAAGGAUGUUUUGAUUCACUGUUGUAUUUUUCUUGCUCCGGAACGGACAGGUAUUGAGGUGAAAUCGAACGGCGGUGUUGACAUGCCGGCUUGAAAUCAGUGGAACCAAUUUUCUUUUGUUUGAGACACUUGAGCGGGCAUUUUAUUUGGCCCAGACUUGCACAAGAGCACGCAGGCAUGUAAGAAGACUCUCCUGUGCAAGCCCUGUAGUGUGUUACUGCUGUGUCGGUUCACUGCGUCGGACGUUUCGGGAGAAAACUCCGCGAUUAUCCCGACUUUACCCAGGAUUUUGUGUGGAGACAGCGGGUAGUGGACAGGUGUACCGUAAGAUGGCUAUAGUUGUCACAGUUGUCCAGGUGAUCUGGACUUUCUUGUCCGUGUGCACGGCUUUGGCCUGUACCUUCAGUUUCGCCUCUCCUACCUGGUUCAUCAAGAACGUCGGCAGACAGCUGGCGAGCUUCGGACUGUUCAGUUACUGUGUCCAGAACAUGAGAAGUCGGACCACGAUGUGUUUGGGGUACGGGGAUGAGUUCAGCUUCACGAGGAUCCCUCACGGAGCGUGGCAGGCGGGCUGUGUGCUGUUUGGUGGCGGCUGUGUCAUGCUGUGUGCCGCGGCGAUCAUCGCCAUGGCCAGCUGCUGUGUGCCUUACUUCUGCGAGAGAAGAAUUAGCGUGUUUGCUGGGUACAUGCAGUCAGUUGCAGUUGUCAUCUGCUCGGUGGGUCUCAUCAUCUAUCCUGUCGGCUUGGAGUCCAACGUGAUCAAGAUGUACUGUGGCCAAUCAGCAGCCUCGUUCAACCCCGGGAACUGUGAGAUCGGCUGGGGGUACGUGCUGGCGAUCAUGGGGACGGCGCUGACCAUGUUCGGACCCUUCCUGUCAAAGUACGCCAUCGACAAGCCAAGAUUGGAGGAGAGCGAAGAAUUUGUGUAAUGUCAAAAAUGUGCAAAGAACAUUUUCUUCUUGUGGUUACUUGUAUUAUUACCUAAACGGUUUCUAUUAUGUUAUUAGUAAAGGUUACAUGGAUUAUAUGAUAGUUCGUUUUGAGUUAUGAAAGUAGUAAAAAAAUAUGUUAUCUCAAGUAAUCAAAGGAUUUGAAAGAACUGUUGUAAAAUGUAUUUUCUAUAAUUUCUUCAAGCUAAUUUUUGUAACUGAAGUUAGUAUUGAUAUUCAUUUCUUUGUAAAUGUUCCAUGUAAAUCUGCAACCUGAACAAAAAGAGUCUCAAAAAGUUCUGUAAAAGUUUUAUGCUAUCUAUGAUAUACUGUCAGUGGUCCACUGUCAUGGCUACGUAGUGUUGUUUGGAGCAAGGUACAUGUAAGGCCAGUUACCAACUUCAGAUGUUUCAAGGAUUUGUUUUAAGAAUGCUGGAACAUGCAAGAAAAUAGAAAAAAUUGUCAGAUUGUGAAGGUUGUACAAAUUACAGAUAAAUGAAGAAAAAUACAUUUCAAGAGAAUUUCAGAGAAAGAUUCUGUUCUUGUGACAUUCUACUUUCAGUAAUGGCCUUAAUUAACUGGUGAAAAUUGCUUUGAACACUCACUGACUGCAUAUGCCAUCAUGGUCUAUCCAAAAAUGCUUAAAUCAUUCUUCUGUCUUGAGUUUUAGUGUUUGAAAUCUAAAGUAAAGGCAAUGCAUUCCAUGCAAUCAAGGAGGUUGAUGAAAAAAAAUCAGUUUUAUGAUCUCAUUACAAGUGAAAACACAAGAAAAAUGCCAUACAUGUCUGUAAGUAUAACUAUAAUAAUAAGCUUUCAAUAUUAUAUUCACUUACAAUGUAUAUAUUUUAGCUAUUGGUAUUUUAUUUUUCAAACAAAAUGCAACUGCUGUAGUAACAGCUAUUAUAAAUGAUGCUGUUCUCUUUUUCUACCAUGACAAAAUAUGCUAUAAGUAUAACUUCCUUUAUAUCAAAAAACAAAAAUGUUGGAAUUAUGUGGUAUCAAAGCUACAAAAUGUGAUAUGGAUGUUGUUUUUAAAGUGCUUGAAUCUCCAUACAUAAUUCUAACUUCCUGAAACAUUUUACAGCUCUACUCAGGAACUUUCCUAUUUGCUACUUAUAUUUAUCGCAAGUUUUAAACUGUUUUAUCUCCAUGUAUACAUGCUAAGUAGGAAAUGUGUUGUAAUAUAUUGUGACAGUGUAAAUUGAAGUAAAGCGUUUCUGACACUACUUGUAAAUUCUAUGGGGCAACAAACACAAUUGUACAAAGGAUGCUGUUGCAUUGUGUGCUGUGACUGUAACUGGAAAACUAGGACCUUAGAAUUGGUUUAUGUAGACAUGCCGAGCAUGCACUAAAUAAGCAGCAUUCCUGACAGGCUAGACUAUUCAUUGUGGUGGGGUAAACCAAAGUAGUGAGCACUGAAGGCUGAGAAAUAACUGGGGACUGGAAGCAUGCUUCCCAGGAAUUGUUGGAAGUUCUGUCUCUCAGAAAUGCUAUUAUGCAUGUUCAAUUCAGAACUAUUGAAAUACACUUCGUACAUAUUGUUUUCAGACAUUUUGGGCAAUGACCAAAAUUAUUGGAUACCAAUAGUCACAGAUGAUGGAGUCCAUUGCAAGAAAGGGUGUCCCCAACAUGAAGGUCUGGCAGGAAUUGUUGGUGUCAGUGACUGAACACCCCCACAAUCAUGAGCUAGACUGACAUGCGCACUUUUAACUCACAUUUUACCUCUUCGAAAACAUGUUACCAGUAGCUGUCAUUCCAUACAGCUUUUGGUGUCAGCACAGGUACCAGAAAGAUUCUCUUGCAAAGGAAUGAAUAAAUCUUAACCUUUUGAAAAAUGUAUGUUAGCAUAGAAUUAAGUAUUCACAUAUUGAAGAGAACUUAGAAAGUCACAUUAACUUCAGGCAUUUUUUAGAACUGUCUGUCAGCAUAACUUCACCAGAAUUGUUUGGUCAGCUGGAAGUUACUGUUUUUCCUCCCCCAUCCUCCAAUGCUGAUUCAUAAUAGCCUGAGUACCAUCCCCCUUAGUGACCACUGGCUCAAUCCUUUCACUUGCUAACCAUGGGACAAGCGAAAGGAUUGAGCCAGCAGUCACUAUGGUACUCAGGCUGGAUUCGAAACAGCAUUCUGAUAGUAAUGUAGCAGUUUGGUUUAUAAGAAGGUCUCUCUACAAAGCCUGUGAAUUAUUUAGCAGUGACCUUACACAGGAAGUUGUGACUGGAUUUCUUGCUGUGACUACAAGUCCACUCUACCAUCUGUUACAAGAACAGGCAGCUGUAUAUAUAUACACGUUGACAUCUAGAGCUUGGUCAGAAAACUUGAGAAAGCUGUUCCCCAUUUGGGUAAGGAAUAUAAUGUGUCACAAAUCCAACAUUAUGACUGGCAAAUUUUGUACUGUAAGCUGUAAGAUAUUAAGUCCUUUUAUCGUAUACUGUUGCGUCCUGUGAAUGUUGUUGUGCCAAGGCCAAGUUGUGUUAAUAAAAACAAGAUGUUUAGUACUUGGAUCA